AUGAGUACAUCAGGGCCCAAGUGGAAGAUAAAAAGGAUUGCCUUUUCGCUCUCCACUACAAUUUUUGUGGUAUCAGCCCACUCAAGCAGCAGCAGCAGUUCACAAGAAGGAAAAUUAACCACCAAGAUGAGCAGAAGAUCAGAAACGAUUUCUUCCUACCGUAACCAUUUUGAGGACAGCAGCAGCAGCUCUGCCUCGUACCAGAUGAGGGUAUCCAGCCCCUCUCCAUCAUGGACCAGGGAGGCCCGGCAACGUUCGGCCAGCUACACUCGGAGCUCUGCCACCAUGUGCACUGCAGCACAUGGGGCAAUCUGUCUGGGUGCUGGAAUGGGGCCAGCUAUGGAUCUCGAAACAGCUGCUGCCGCAAACCAGGAAUUCCUCAACACGAGGACCAGCGAAAGGAAAGAGAUGGUCGUUCUGAACCACAGACUAGUCGUCUACAUUGAAAAGGCUCGAACUUUGGAACAACAAAAUAGACUCCUGGAAUCUGAGAUCGGGACUCUCCAGAACCGCUGUGUCAAACAAUCGGCUCUGCAGCUGCUCUAUGAAGAACAAUUCCGAGAGCGGAAGAAGAUUGCUGAUCAAGUGAAAGUCCAGAGGGAAAUCGAAGAGCUAAUGAAGGAGCUAUGUAACGCAACUGCUUCUGCUGGUAUUGCUUUCUCCAUUCCCGACCUAGCGUCAACUCUGAAACAGAUGCAAGCUCAAUACGAAGAUAUCGCGGCCAAAAACCUACAGGAAAUGGACGAUUGGUAUAAAACAGAGUUUAAUGACCUAAAUGGUACUUCCACUAAGCACGGAAAGAUACUGCAGCUCGAACAGGACCUGAAAACUACCAAGGAGAAAAUUACCCUCCAUCUACGAGAAUAUCAGGAUCUAUUGAAUAUUAAAAUGCCUCUUGAUAUUGAAAUUAUCACAUACAUGAAACUAAUUGAAGGUGGAGAUUCAAGGCUGAGCACCAUGGUGAGAAACACGCAUAUAACGAGUGGAAGUGUUGGACCCGGCGGAAUGGGACAUGGCGAGGUCGUGUACCGCGCUGGGCAAGGCUUUGGACACGGGCACAUCAGUGCCAGUGAGAGCAUUUGCAAAGAACAGGCGGUGGAGAUGACUGAGAGAAAAAAACAACAGUUAAAGGACAAGGUACUGAAAGACACCCAAGAGAGGACAAUAACCAUUACUGGUGCUGGGGAUGACACUGACGAGGACUAA